ACUACACUUACCAUGACGGCAUUGCUUCUCUUUCUUUUAGCUCUGCCUCUCCUCUGCUUUGUUCUUCAAAGUUGCAGAAAAAAACAUAGAGCCAUGCCUAUUCCACCAGGCCCUCCGGGACUUCCCUUCAUUGGUAACUUACACCAGCUACUCGAUAACUCAACUCCGCAUCUCUGCCAAUGGCAACUCUCUAAGAAAUACGGCCCCCUCAUGACCUUGCAACUCGGCUUCAAGCCGACCCUUGUAAUUUCUUCAGCAAAAAUGGCUAAAGAAGCCCUGAAAACCCAUAAUCUUGAAUUCGCUAGCAGGCCUUUGUUGCUUGGCCAACAAAAGCUGUCUUAUAAUGGGUUAGAUGUGGUUUUUGCUCCAUAUAAUGACUACUGGAGGGAGAUGAGAAAGAUUUGUGUUGUUAAACUCUUCAACUCUAAGAGGGUUCAGUCUUUUCAUUCCAUUAGGGAAGUCGAAGUUUCCCGAAUGAUCAAUAAAAUCACCAAUCAUGCUUCGGCUUCUAAACUUACCAAUCUGAGUGAAUUGACUCUCUCUCUAACAAGUGCCAUAAUUUGUAGAAUUGCUUUUGGAAAGAGCUACGACGAUGAAGGGGCUGAGAAAAGUAAAUUCCAUAGCCUCCUUGAGGAAGCUGAGUCCGUCCUAGGAAGCUUCUUCAAGUCAGACCACUUUCCUUUUAUGAGAUGGGUUGACAGACUUACAGGCCAAUCAACUCGGCUUGAGAAAAUUUUCAAGGAACUGGACUUGUUCUAUCAGGAAAUCAUUGAUGAGCACCUUGAUGACGAGAGUGCAAAAUCCGGCCAAGAGGAUAUUACUGAUGUUUUACUCCAUCUGCAGAAGGAUGGCACACUUGCAAUUGAUAUAAAGUUUGAUCACAUCAAAGCUGUCCUCACGGACAUAUUUAUUGCUGGUACGGAAACAAGUGCUGCAACCUUAGUCUGGACAAUGACAGAGCUACUGAAAAAAUUAGGGGCUAUGAAGAGAGCGCAAGAAGAAGUUCGAAACAAGUUGGGAAAGAAGGGCAUUGCAUAUGAAAGCUGAUGGUGUAAAUCGAAUUGUAUGAGUAAUGAAUCGUAAUUAUGUUUUGCAGUGAUGGUGAUGUGAUAAUGAAAUAAAUAUUUUUCUAGGGACUGGGAGGAUUAACACAGAAGAAGUAUAGUGGUUCAACAGUUCGGGAGCUCGGCUAAUCCACUCUUUAAUGGAGACUCUUGCUCCUUACCUUUCAAUAAUGAUGAUUACAAGAG